UUGUUUAAUGUGUACACAUGUCAAAGAUGUCGGUUUAAAUGUGAGGAGUUUCUUCGUCUAGUGUUUUUAUUUGUGGAUUUACUUUAUAAAUCGUUGUAAUAAGACGGAUACGUACAUUUAAAUUCGUAAAAGUUGCGUAAAAAAGUCUUUAUUACAGUCUUUUACUUCUAUCAGUACAGUGAGUAUGGCAACUCGAAUCAGACCAGGCAACAAACGGUGUGCUGUAAUCGGCGGCUCUGGCUUUUUGGGGAGGCACCUCGUCGAGCGCCUGGUGCAGAAAGGUUACUCGGUGGCCGUGUUUGAUAUUGCACAGAGAUACGAACUACCUGGGGUCACAUUCCACCAAGGAGACUUGUGUGACAAACAGGCUUUGCUUACAGUGUUGAAGGAUGUGCCGCUGGUGUUUCAUUGUGCUUCUCCUUCCCCGGCCUGUGAUGAUCGCAGUCUCUUCCAGAAGGUCAACGUGGAGGGCACACGCACCAUUAUCGAUGCCUGCCAAGAGGCUGGAGUGCAGAAACUAGUCCUAACCAGCAGUGCCAGUGUGGUGUUUGAAGGAACGGACAUCAAGAAUGGAAAGGAGGAUUUACCGUACGCCAAAAAGCCCAUCGAUUACUAUACAGAAACCAAAAUCCAGCAGGAGAAGAUCGUCCUGGAAGCGUGCAGUAAGGAGAAGGGUUUUCUCACUGUUGCAAUCCGUCCUCAUGGAAUCUUUGGACCUCGAGACCCCCAGCUUGUGCCCAUUCUGGUGGAUACAGCGCGCCGGGGCAAGAUGAAAUUCAUCAUCGGAGACGGCUCUAACCUGGUGGACUUCACAUACGUGGAAAAUGUGGUUCAUGGUCACAUCCUGGCUGCUGAGCAUCUGAAGGCAGAUUCUGCGCUGUGUGGAAAGGCGUAUCACAUAACCAACGACGAGCCCAUCCGCUUUUGGGACUUCAUGUCUCAGGUGUUGGUCGGCCUGGGCUACAGCGCCCCGCGCUACCACCUGCCCUACGCUCUGGUCUACGGGAUCGCUAUGCUGCUGUGGCUGCUGACCUUGCUGCUGCGCCCCCUGGUGAGCAUAAAGCCCACCUUUACCCCCAUGCGCGUGGCUCUGGCCGGUACCCACCACUACUACAGCUGUUCCCGGGCCAAGCGGGACAUGGGGUACGAGCCGCCGGUGAGCCUGAAGGAGGCCGUCGCCCGGACUGUCGCCAGUUACCCUCACCUGAGACGAGAAGCCUAGUGUAUUAUAAUGAGGACUGUGUGUGGAGUUGAAUUUGUAUACAGCAGGAUUGGUUAAUACCCAUCUCAGAAAGUAAAUAAAUAUAGAGAUAUUUUUAUAGCAUCAUUAGUGGUGCCUGGUUUUAGCGAUUUAGCAUUCGCCAUAAGGAGUAUUAUAAUCGUAAUAUGGUGUUUGUCCAUAUUUUGUGAUACUUUUGUUCAAAAUGAACCUUUUUGUCUCACUAAAGCAUUUCAGAUCAUUAAACAGU